AUUUUUUUUGUCAUUUGUAAAUAGAGAAUGAGGUUAAUGAAAAUAUACAAAAAUGGAAAAUUUUGAUCAUUUGAGUUCAAAAAUAGGACAAUUACUCUUUGCAAGAACUGAAGGAGACAGAAGUAUAAUUCUAAAAACUCUAGACGAUCUAAAUUCUUUGAAUUACCGUUAUCCUAUCAUCAAGAACUCAACGAGAGCCGUUCUGUUAAUAAAUCAAUGUUGUUCAAUUAUCCCAUUCGACGACUCGUUGUUAGUACCAAAAUGUUGUCAGUUAGUAACAAGUUUAAUAAAGACACAAAAUGUUGUUGUCGAAGGAACAACCUUAAUAAUUUCUAUUCAAUGGUGCUUGCAAGCUUUAAAAAAUAAUCCCAAAAAUGUAACUCCAGAUAUCCUAAAAGCUUUGGAAGGAUUAUUAAGGAACAACUUGCAUAAUAUUACCAUACUUUUAGAUUCAAUUAUUGAAGAAGUACAUCAAUACAUUACAUGUCAUAUUCAAGAACCAGAACUAUCCUUUAUCGCUUUACAGUGUUUAGAAGCAUGUACAGUAAUCCCAAAUGACCCUAAGCCUAAAAAUAUUGAAAAAUUUUAUAGUUAUUUUGAAAAAUGUGCAGCAAUAUUUCUUUCAUUCUUACAUGUAAAUAAAUCUUUUAGUGGUACAUUCGUUUAUAGUAAAAUGCUGGAAACAUGCUUUGUUGGUCUCCAAAAUAUUGUAAUUUUACAUCCAUACUAUUUACACAAAGAACUGGGCUUGAUCUUGGGUAUUUGCAAAACAUACAUGCUUUACAAACUUAAGGGUAUUGAUUUUCUACCUCCUGAGCAGUUGAAACCGGCUACUUUAAGUUUGCCGGAAGAGUCUGUUUCUUAUAAAGAAAAGUGUGGUGGAAAGAUAACCAAACAACGAAAACCCGUUCCGUCGUUAUUCAAUAGAAAAAGGGAACAACAUCAAAAGAAAAAUGAGGAUAUGAUAGCAGAUAACAGAAACAAUGGAUAUAUACCGGCCAAUUUAAGUUUGGACUAUAAUUCAGAUAGUGGUCUGGGCAAUUUGUCGAUAAAUUGUCGUGCGAAAACAUCAGAUUCUGAUUUUUCUGAUAACGAAGGUGGUAAAAUGGCCAAAUUGUAUCACAGUUGGGGAAGAAUAAGACAAGCUGCAUUAAAUUUACUUUCUAGUGCGAUAAAACGUACAGAGAAUCCAGUUAUAUUCUCAUACUGGACCCACUUCAUCCCAGAGGGUCCAUCAUUGGGACAACAUAAUUUAACAACAUGUAUUCUUAAAGAUACCUCUGUCAGAGGUAGAAUGUGUGCCCUAAAUGCUUUGAUGCUGCUUCUCACUUCUUCAAAAUGGUAUUUGGCACAGGCAGAGCCCAGCGAUAAGUCAUCAAGUUUCACUCCCUUCUCAGUGGUUUUGGGUCUGACCCUAAUCGAAUUGCACAGAACUCUUAGUUUAGCAUUGUGUCAAUUAUCUGUGCCCGUCCUGGCAUUGGUCUUAAAAUGUAUGGCCGUUCUGGUACAAGCCACGCCCUAUCACAAACUGAAUCCAGGUCUGGCCACAAAAAUUGUCAGAAAUGUCAAAUGCCUUAUAUAUCACAAAGAUGCAUCUGUCCAAGUCACUGCCCUGAUAGUGAUGGGCUGCAUCUUGGCUUUUGAGCCAGUUUUUCCGGAAAUCCAGCAGGCCAUGAUUAAGUUGGAAAAGGAAAAUACUAGCGAGAAAGCAGUCGAUAAGGCAAGUUCUAGCAAAAGUGUGUUGGACGGAGAUGAAGAUUUCGAUUAUGCCCAGUUUUCUUCUGACGAUGACGAGGAGAUUGAAAUUGAAGAAACCCAAGUGCCUUGGUUACUGCAAAGAUGUUUGACAAAUCUCGGUGUUUUACAGGCUGAGCAAUCAAAUAAACAGGAAAAAUUCCAGCAACGUAUCGUACCAGCCCCCGUCAAACUUGAAUCUCUCCAGAUAUUAUCAGCCAUGAGCCGAAACUACUUCGAAGCCCUGAUGCUGCCUCACAUCCACUUGAUUACAAAAGGCCUGGAGCACUCUUUAGAAGACGACAAAUACAAAGAUUUGAAUUUACACGCCGCAAAAGCCAUAGAUUGUAUAGGCCAGGCUAUGGGACGUUUCACCCAAAAGGACGCAUCUUCACUGGCGUGUGUUAAUUUCUGGCAGAGUCUUCUCUCGGGGCCUUUGGUAUCGCUGAUCCAGAACGAACAGUCGUUCCAUUUGAGAGCAGUCGGGUGCGACUGCUUGGGAAGUAUAGGUCCUGGUAUUUUCCAACAACUAUCCAGGGAUAAGCAAAUAGUUUGCGUUACUUUACUGUUUGCCUGUGCUAAGGAUGAGGAGCCUGUAGUCAGGGGCGCCGCAGUUCGAGCUUUAGCAUUAAGCGUCAUGUACCCUACCUUACGAGAGGAUCCAGGUUUUGUAGAAGACACCGCAGAAUCCAUCUUAUACUCCUUAAGAGACUUAAGUAACAUAACCCUACGUGUAAAGGCUGCGUGGUCUCUGGGAAACUUCAGUGACGCUUUGGUUCUAAAUGUUCAAACCCCGGACUCUUACGAGCAUAGACUUCCUGACAAGGUGUUGUAUAGUUUAUUUGAAGAAGGCAUAAAAUGUUCCAAGGACGGUGAUAAAAUGAAGAUGAAUAUAGUGAGGGCUUUGGGCAAUUUUAUGCUGCUCGUGGACGAACGCUUGCUGGAGCAGACUCGCUUCAAAACGGUUUGUCAAGAGGUUUUCGGUGUGUUGGUCAACGCCAGUACUACCAGUGGAAAUAUGAAGGUGAGAUGGAAUGCCUGCUAUGGCCUACGAAAGGCCUUAAAAAAUCCCUCUAUAUGUGAAAACUUAGACACUAAUUUAUGGCAAUCGUCCGUAUUUAAUGCACUCAUGGAUCUGGUUGUAUUAAAAAAUUUUAAAGUACGAAUAAAUGCCGCAUUAGCUAUAACAUCCCCAUCAAAGAGAACACACUAUGGUUCGUAUUUUAUACCAAUAUGGACAGCCCUUCUGAAGGCUUUAGAAAACUCACAACAUCUGGAAAAUUUCACUGAAUAUAAACACAGAGAUAACCUGGUUGAACAAUUAUGCCUUUCUCUAGGGCGUUUAACAACAUUACUAACUAAAGACGAUCUAAUUGCCUUGGAAUCGACAUUAAAUUUGUACUUUGACUGCCUUAAGACGCACAUGCACAAAGUUUUGGAGAGGAUGGUUCCAGAAAAGUCGACGGAUCUAUCGUCUGCUGCUUGUUAUUUGGAUACACUUGGAUCGACUUGUAAUGGAAAGAAUGAUAUAAUCCUUGUUGAGAGACUUAAGAGUGUAUUUUCUUACUCUGUGAUAUAACAAAUAAUUUAUUUUUAUAAAUUGGAACUUUUUACCUAUAUGUUUUAAAUUUUUAAAUUGUUGCAUUUCUUUUAGAAUAAUAAAAUAAUUCAGUAUAUUAAUA